AUGACUGAAUUAUGCAAAUACGAUAAAGCAGCUUUAAGAAAAAAACAACGUACCGCCAGAAACAGUGGAACAUCUACAGGAUCACCCGCAUCAACAACUCAAAACUCAGUCCCUCUGGAUGGAUCCGUAUCCGUGGAACUUCAGGAGAUUAAAUCAAAGAUUACACAGUUGGGAGAUUUACUUGCUAGCAAAAUAAGCAGAAAGGCACCUAGUGUAAACUACAACUUGACACCAGAUCGUGCUGAUGGGAAUUCCACUAUUGCAGAUCAACAGGGGAGGGUUGACAUGACUUCAUAUCCGCAAAACAUUCCCCAAUAUGGAAUACCUCCGAGCGUAGGAUCACCUAUCAUUGGAAAUUACGGAGUAGUCAAUAAUUCACUGGGUGGAGCGCAACAGUUUCCCAAUCCGGUGUAUACUAACAGAGAGCAUUCAGCUUUUGAUCCAGUUGUGAAAUACUCGUCGGAAAGAAACCGGGAGUUGUUUUUGGCUCAAUCUUUGGGCGUUAAUGCGGAUGAUGUAAUCGAUUUCUACGAGGGUUCGCCAACUAUGAUGAUGUGGUACUCUAGAGUGAAUAAUCAUGGUCCACUUUCCUGGGUUGCAAUAGUUCUUAAGGAUCCUUUCCUUGUACCGAUAAACAGGAUUGUCAUGGGUCAAAAAAAGACAAAUACUUUGAAACUUCCUGGCUGGAUUCGAACAAGGGCUGUUCCGACUUCGGAUAAAGAUGAGGAGUUUGCCAAACAGGUGAUGGAAAGGACUGGUAUUGCGGAAAUCAAGCCAUUUGGGCAGGAUGAUAAUAUUUACUCUCGAGCUUCUGGGAAAUACAGUGAUGUGAGGUUUAAGGAGGAGCACAGAAAGAAAGCCCCAAAGAAGAGGAAAGGCAAAGAAUUUGCUGCUCACGAGUCAAAGGGUAAACUGUGCUGCCUAAAGGAGCAAAUAUUAAAUGCGUUACCUUCAAGAAAAGUCACAUGGAUGCUUUUCGAUCGAUUUUUCAGGUACGUUUAUCCAUUUUGGCCGUAUCUUGACGAGAAUUUGUUUACCGCAGAAGUUGAAGAGAUUAUUGGGAAGCGAGCUUUUGACGAGUUGAAGGUUACUCAUCUCAACAUAAAAAAGAAACUCGACUUUGCGACAUUGGGGUCUCUUCUUUUGGUUUUGGAGCUCGGAUCGCUCUCAUUAACUCAUAACUGCGAGAAGACACCAGACUUUCCAAUGCUAAGCCCACAGGAGGUUUACCUUCGAAGCCAUCCUAUUAAUUCGAACCUUGCAGAAAUUGCACAGAUAUGCAUUGAUCAAUUUCACCUUCUAAGCAGAUGUGCACUAAGUCUUUUCCAAUGCCUAUUACUGAUGAAGGUUUACCAGUGUACUACAGGAUCAGAUGGAUUUAAUGAUGGUCGGCAACAGAUAUUUCUAUCCUUAAUUAUCCAAGUGGGAAUAUCCAUCGGUUUGAACAGGGAUCCAGAGAAAUUUACCACAGUUGGCGAUUCAGAUCGUACUACCGGCAUCAUAAGAAAAAUUUGGUAUUCCCUAGAGAGCUACUCUACAAUCCAAAGCACAACACUGGGCUGUCCCAACCAAAUAGAUCCAAAUCUUUAUGAUACAAAGCUUCCUGUCUUUAUGAAGAACACUGCAAAUAUUAACAACCUAGCAAUCGAAGAGGAAACUGUGACAGGGUUGAUCAUGGAGCACAAGUUGACCCAAAUAUUGAACAGUUUACUGAGCUUGGUGUUGAACCUGAAAAGUCCUCCUCGUGUUGGCCAAGUAUUGAGCAAAUUAGAGGAAGUUUCAGAUUAUAUCAGAGAGAGAUGGUCAUCGUUGGCUAAUCUUUUAACACCAACAGAUGGUGAUCAUACGAGAAACUUGCGGAAAGUGAGGUCUGUUCUUUGCUAUAUCGAAUCGGCAUCAACAAUUCAUCCGAUUUACUAUCACAUGCUGCUUCUUUACGGCAAGAAGAAGAAUGCACAUGCAUGCUUUCGCAUUGCAAAAAAACUACUUUCGUAUUCGAUGGAGGUAGUGGCGCAUUUUGUUGACUUAAUGCGUCAUGGUUACAGAUUCUUCGGGCCAGGAUUCGAUUUUUUUCUCAAUUCAUUCCUUGAGGUGGCUAUUCAAAGAUGCCUUCAAAUCCAAAUUUCCCUUUAUGUGCGGUCGUGCUGCCUAAAGAAGAAACUCGAAGAAGAAGGUACACCGGAAAACUCCUCACUUAUGAGAAAAAUCGAGGAGUUCAAGAAUGGAUUGAUGAAACGGAACUUCGCAAACUUUCUUAACGGACUAAAACCAGUUGCCAAUCGUUCGUUCUUUGCCUGGCUUUUAAUGAGGGCACCAUCAUUCAUAUUUAAGCUUCUUCAGAAUGGGAAAAUCAAGUUUCCAAGGACGGAGUACAACUUUCUGGUAGAUCUAACGGAGGAAGAAAUAUCCGAUUUGUAUUCAUGUGCUAAUCCUGACAGAUACAAAAAUGAAUACUCCUCUUCAGGUCAAAGUACUGGUAACACCUCUUAUCCAGAUAGUGACCCAUCAUCAACUGAAAUAGACAAUUUCUGGAAGAAUGUCGUUAACCAGGGUAAUGCGAAGCAUAAAGAUCCACUGGAACACGUUGAGACUUCCAAUAAUCUUGAAAGUUUGAAUUGGAAGUAUAUGAACGAGUUUAAUGCUGAUCCGUUAGAGCUAGGUAUACUCGGUGACAUGGGCUUUGGAGAGAGUUCAGGUAGUAUGGAGUCUAGCACGAGUAAUAAUGAUACAGGAAUUCCGGACAAUCAAUUUACUCCCCAAUGGAACCAGAGCUGA